AGGAGGAAGGACUGAAAUCGUAUGCAAUUCUAAACAUCCAAUGGUUUUCCAAUGCAUUCAGUAAGCUUAUUGCUGACAAGGAUCACAUAAACAGGGACUGCAAACGACGAUACAUUGAAGAUUGGAACCGUUUUAAUGCCACAGGAAAUCUCAGGAAAUCACUGGUAGAUGCACUGUGGAAAGAAGAAUCUUUAUAUAUAGAACACAAGGCAAUACUUAUGUCAUUCAUGGAGAAAUUACGGAUGUUAGUCAGCAUUGAAGGAGAAUCCUCCUGGUAUGUCCCCUGCAUGAACCAAAAGCCUUUCACACACGACGUCUUUCAACAGACAAUAGAGAAAUCGUCCAUUCUGUGUUUUCGAUUCACUUCCUUUGCCAUGUUUGUCUACUACAGGCUAAUUGCAUAUUGCAUGAGUUUCCUGAAGUGGAAUGUACAGUUUGAUAAGGACAAAAGUCAAUGUCUGUAUCAAACAGCAGCGAUUUUCGAAACCGAAAAUCACACAGUUAUCGUUGGUAUAAUCGAUAAAGACAUCCAGCUGCAGGUGCUGCGAAUUUAUGAUCCACAACGCUCGGUUUCCUGCAAAAUUGGAAAAUCCAUUCAAACAGCCUUAACAGAAUUGACAGAAACAUUGAAUGAGAAGAAAACCUUUCAGAAAGGUUACAAAUGCCUUAAUCUUUUCUGCAGUGAAAAGGAUCUAACUUUUAUUCCUGAGGAAGAACUUUCUGGAAGUCAAUGCAAUUGUCCUAUAGGCAGUGGAAAACAUAAGAUAGAUGUUCAAUGGACUUUGGGAUUUUGGAAAGAUUGUGGAAGAAAUCUUGAGGGUCGUGAUAGAUUUGCAAAACUGGGAAUGGCGAUAAUCGAUGUUUUAACACAGGCCCUCAGAGACGUUUUAGAAAGAGAGAUUCCCUCUACACAUAUUAAUGGAAAAGUGACAUCAUCACAAUUACCAAAAGGUCUUAAAGGUCCAAAUCCUUACAAUCCCUCAGCCCACAAAUAA